UAUAAUGCAAUUGUGGUCGCCCAGACAUCAAACAAUUCUUCCAUCUUCUCCGUCUCUACUUCUUCACUGCAACACAAACAUAUUCAUCUUCACCAACCUCAUCGGAUUUCCUUUCCUUCUCAUCGUCAACCGGUCCCUGGAAAAAGAAAAUGAAUUGGAUCUUCAAAACUUGUCUCAGCCUUGCUCGAAGCCUCUCUAAACCCUCCCACCAUCCUCUCCUCCACCUCCGCCUCCUCUUCCUCUUUGUUCCCACCUAAAAACCACCGCCCCACAAUCCUUAAUUCCCUCAAAAAUCCCAAAAAAAAUACACAAACCUUAAUUUCCUCGAAGAACCAAGCUUAUUGAAAAAAAGAAAUCCUUCUCGAAAACUAGAAAUUUUUUGCUCAAACUACGUUCUUCAUCGGAAGAAUCGAAAUUCUUGCUUGCUUACAGCGUCGGAAAGAGAACUCAUUUCUUCAAAAUCAAUGUCAACUCGGUCUACACCUAUACUUUCUGUCUUAACAGAAGAUUUACUCAUUCGGAUCAACGAGAAACUCGUUCAAGACUCAGAUCGCAAGACAUGGAGGCUCAUUUGCAAAGAAUUACAUCGAGUUGACUCACUCACACGCAAAACUCUACGUGUCCUUCAUGUUGAGUUCUUAUUAACUCUCCUCAAGAACUACACCAACCUCCACACUCUAGACCUCUCAGUCUGUCCACGUAUCGACGACGGGACUAUAUCGUUGGUGCUACAUCAAGUUGAUCACUCGAUAUGGGCUAGGAAUUUGAAGUGUUUGAACUUGAGUAGGGCUAAUGGGCUGAAGUUUGCGGGGCUGGAGAUGUUGGUGGGUGUUUGUAAGGUUUUGGAGAGCGUUGAUGUGUCCUAUUGUUUUGGGUUUGGUGAUAGGGAGGCGGCAGCGAUAUCGGGUUGUGGAGGGUUGAGGGAGUUGAGGAUGGAUAAGUGUUUAGGAGUAAGUGAUGUUGGGUUGGCUAAGAUUGUUGUUGGGUGUGGAAGAUUGGAGAGGUUGAGUUUGAAGUGGUGUAUGGAGAUAAGUGAUCUUGGUGUUGAGCUUUUGUGUAAGAAGUGCUUGGAGUUGAAGUUUCUUGAUGUUUCUUAUCUCAAGGUGACGAGUGAAUCGCUGCGUUCUAUUGCUUCUUUGCCAAAGCUGGAGGAUUUGGCUAUGGUGGGAUGCCCUUUUGUAAAUGAUGUUGGAUUGCAAUUUCUUGAAAAUGGAUGCCCUUUACUGCAGAAAAUUGAUGUUGCAAGGUGUGAUUGUGUCAGUUCAUAUGGGUUAAGUUCCUUGAUUGGAGGACAUAGUGGACUUCUGCAUAUUGAUGCAGGUCACUGCUUUUCAGAAGUUUCUCCAAGCUUUGUCAAGUGCACACAGAAAUUGAAGAAUCUGAACACUAUCAUAAUUGAUGGGGGUCGAGUUUCCGACACUAUUUUCCAGACAAUCAGCAGUAACUGCAAGUCUUUAAUUGAAAUUGGGUUGAGCAAAUGCGAAGGGGUCACUAACAUGGGAAUUAUUCAGCUGGUGUCUGGCUGUGUCAAUCUGAAGACCAUCAAUUUAACAUGUUGCCGUUCUAUAGCUGAUUCUGCAAUAUUUGCUAUAGCAAACUCAUGUAGGAACCUUCUGUGCCUGAAGUUAGAGUCUUGCAAUAUGAUCACCGAGAAGAGUCUCGAACAGCUUGGAUUACAUUGCUUGCUACUUGAAGUGCUUGAUCUCACCGACUGUUGUGGCAUAAAUGACAGAGGGCUUGAACUCCUUUCUAGAUGUUCCAGGCUUUUGUGUUUGAAAUUAGGACUUUGCACAAACAUAUCAGACAAAGGACUCUUUUAUAUUGCUUCUAAUUGUUCAGAGCUUCAUGAACUUGAUCUAUACCGCUGUAAGAAUAUUGGAGAUGGUGGUUUAGCAGCUUUAUCAAGUGGCUGCAAGAAGUUAAGGAAGCUGAACUUGUCAUACUGCAUUGAGGUCACUGACAAAGGGAUGAAGUCUCUUGGUUAUUUGGAGGAAUUAUCUGACUUUGAGUUGAGGGGGCUUGAUAAAAUCACAAGUGUAGGUUUGACAGCAUUGGUUACCAGGUGUAAGAGGCUGACCUAUUUGGACUUGAAACAUUGCGAGAAAAUUGAUGAUUCAGGGUUUCAGGUACUUGCCUAUUACUCACGGAACUUGCGACAGUUAAAUUUGAGCUACUGUGCUAUCACGGACAUGACAUUAUGCAUGCUGAUGGGAAACUUGACUCGCCUGCAAGAUGUGGAUUUGGUGCACCUCACAAAUGUCACUGUGGAGGGGUUUGAGCUCGUGCUUAGAGCCUGCUGUGUCAGAAUCAAGAAGAUCAAGUUAGUUGCUGCCCUAAGUUUCUUGCUUUCCUCUGAAGUACAAGGGAUUUUGCAUGCCAGGGGUUGCAAAAUUAGAUGGGAUUAGAGCAGUUUUAAGAAAGCACUAGAAAGUGAUCCACUUGGCUUUAUUCUUCCCUUAGGGAGGGUGUUUCAUCUUAAGCUUUUGGGUUCAUAAGAUUUCAUGAUGAGUAUUUUUCAUGCUAAUCGCUUUGUAUAAGACUGCAAGUAAUAAGUUGAACUUGAUUGGUGAGAUCAACAACAUUGCAAUAAGAAUCAUUUGAGAAUGCAGACCUUUUUUCUC